AGAGACUGUUUAGUGUGCUCAGAGCUCCCUCAUUUCUCAAGCAGAACUGUAUUAUGUGGUUUUCCCUGCUCCAGUGAUUUGAGAAGGUACAUGCCUGGCGGCUGGCACUGUCCUUGGCCAGUGAACCUAGGAUCUUUAAGGAAUCUUCUGGGGGGAAUUUUUAUACCUUGACUGUGACCCUACUGAAACCUCAGGUGUUCUGUUGAGGAAACAGCAGGCAUACUGUUUGCAAGCCAUGAGCUGCACAGGAUGUGUGUUCACCUUGGUGACUGGAGGUUGUUCACACUGGCAGGGUCCUCCCAGGAACCCUGGUGUGUGGGAAAAUGCCUGGCAUUGGGAAGAUCAGGGUCUGAUCCCCCUACUCCCAGUUUGGAUGCUGCUUGUUUUUCUGGAGUCUAGUGGUCCCAUGCUCCUGGGCCUGAACUGUAGGAUGUCCAGUCUGGAUGCUUGCUUGCUGUUAUAAGCAGUGCCAUGACAGACUCCUGAUGAAAUAGUGUAGGAUUUGAGAGCUGUUGGUGUCCUGGCAUGUAUGGGUGCAAACACAAGAAGUUUGUCAGUAUAAGGAGUGUCCAUUCCUCCAUCCCCACCUCAGCAUGGGUCAAAGUACCUAAUAGUUGUCGUUCUGAUGAGUAAACAUGUAAGUCACCUGGGUUUUCCCUGAUUUCCAGGAUGACUGGGUAUUGGUUCCAGUUUAUCUACUGCUACAAAAAGGUCAUUCAAAUAACAAACCGCUCCUACACUGAACAGCUAAAGUAGCCAGUUUGCUAUUGCUCGUUCAUUGAGGAUGGAGAAUUUGAAUAGCUGUGUGCCAGGCCUGAUAGCACUGUGGUAGCAUCUGGACUAAGCUAAGACCUCCAUACUUGUGUUUGUAUCUGAUGUAGGGCCAGUCAUCCUUAGGGAGAUGUACCCUUUGUGAAGCAUCUUGGGUCCUCCAGCCUCUUACCACUGUCAUCUCAGGAGUAUUUGCUGGCCUAAAGAGGCUGUUCUGGUGGAAGUUGCACCUCAAUUCCCAUCUCCCAUCUCUCUCUCUCUCCAAACCCUGCCCCAUCCCAGAAAGCCCUUCAAACAGGGCUCCUCCCCCAGAGAUGCUCAAGACCAUUCCCACAGCGUAUUUAAACUGUCCCCCAGAAAACAGGUGGUUUUUCGGUCUCUUCUGUGGGAUAAAAAUCAUCUGGAGCAUUUUACCUAUUAAACAUGGGCAUUUUCUGAUUUGGUCUGCUUUGGAUUGCUGCGUUGGUGGAGAGGCUUAUCGGGGUGCAGAAACUUCUCAGAGGCCACUGAUGUUCAGAUUCCAGGGUGGGAAUAGUUGGUGGUUUAACCCCAAAGGCUAUGUCAGAAGAAGUGUGUGAAUUUCAGAUCAGGUUGGAGCUUAGAGUGAUAAGGUUGGGCUGGCAUGGAGGGUGAGUGACAGUCAUUGGCACUUUUGAGGGGCAGAGAGUGGUACAGCAGGAAUGCAGGACCACCUCGAGAGUGGGAACAGGUGCUGGCAGCCAUCGGGUGAGGGAGUGCACACGUGCAUAGCUGCAUGGGUUGAGGAUGAGCCAAAGGUUUGUAAGAGGAAACUCUAAGUGUCCUGUGGGUACCAGCCGGAUGCCUGGACCAUGAUGUAGGGAGACUAUGAGUGAGGCAGGUGUGGUCAACUCCUAGGUACUUGGUUAUCUUUGUUCCUCCUGCUUGGUGGCUUUGUCACAAAGAUGAAAGAGUCUGAAUAAUCUUACCCUCCCGUGACCCUGUCUAAUAAGUCUGGGUAAAGGGCUGAAACCAUGACCCAACCCUACUGGGAGAAGGGUGUUACUUCAGGGUGCCUCUCCUUGGCUCCUAUCUAUCUCCCACCUUGCCCCAGCCUUCUCCCUUGUGACCAGCUUCAGCUGCGCCUCCUCAUUCACCUCUGGCUACCUGAUCACAGUGGGCCCCGGAUGUGUCUGUUAGACAGAGGAAUGUGAACUCUGUCUCUCGAGCUUCCUGUUCUGGGUACUCCCACUGGUGGGGGAGGAUCAGCUACCUCAUAGUGUAGAAAGUCAGCCUCCUGGGCACUGCUGCUCAGGAAGUAAGUCAGCAAUGGCCUUCCAGUGCUAGAUUGCUGACUGGCUCAGACAAGUUUGACUGCAUUCCUGCAGGGAGAGAGCUGGCACUAGCUUUCUUAAGACUGAAGGGGCAUCUCCUGACCUAACUGAUUUGCAUCAUAAAACAAAGGGCGCCUGGUUUUCUCUAUCCGGGUGACCUGCAUGGGUUCCUGUGGGGUCUCCAACAAGGCGAACGAUGGGGCAUGGGUGGUGGAGGAGAGCUACUUCAACAGCUCCCUGUCACUGGCUGACAAGGGAAGUCUGCAGGCUGGAGAGCACAACUUCCCCUUUCAGUUCCUGCUGCCUGCCACAGCACCCACAUCUUUUGAGGGACCCUUUGGGAAGAUUGUACACCAAGUGAAAGCCUCCAUCGAUACUCCACGUUUCUCCAAGGAUCACAAGUGUAGCCUGGUGUUCUACAUCCUGAGCCCCUUGAACCUCAACACCAUCCCAGAUAUUGAGCAACCCAACGUGGCCUCCACUACCAAGAAGUUCUCCUACAAGCUGGUGAAGACGGGCAGUGUGGUUCUCACGGCUAGCACUGACCUUCGUGGCUAUGUGGUGGGACAGGUGCUUCGACUGCAGGCUGACAUUGAGAACCAGUCAGGCAAGGACACCAGCCCUGUGGUGGCCAGCUUGUUACAGAAGGUAUCCUAUAAGGCCAAGCGCUGGAUCUAUGAUGUGCGAACCAUUGCAGAGGUGGAGGGUACAGGGGUCAAGGCCUGGAGGCAUGCUCAGUGGCAAGAACAGAUCCUGGUGCCUGCCCUUCCCCAGUCAGGCCUCCCUGGCUGCAGCCUUAUCCACAUCGACUAUUACCUACAGGUUUGGUGUUGCCCGGGGCUGGGUGGCCUGAGGCUAUGUGACCUUGGCCUGACUCCUCAAUACCUGCCUUCUUUCCAGGUUUCCAUGAAGGCACCUGAAGCCACCGUGACUCUCCCGCUCUUUGUUGGCAAUAUUGCUGUGAACCAAACCCCACUGAGCCCCUGUCCAGGCCCAGGGUCUUCUCCUGGGGCCUUGUCCCCAGUUGUGCCUUCUGCACCACCCCAGGAAGAGGCUGAGGCAGUGGCUAGUGGCCCCCACGUCUCAGACCCAGUCUCCCUCUCUACCAAGAGCCAUUCUCAGCAGCAGCAGCCACUGUCAACUACAUUGGGCUCUGUGUCUGUCACCACCAUCGAUCCCUCUGCUCAGGUUGGGAGCCCGGCUAGACAUUCUCUGCACCCUCCCUUAUGCAUCUCUAUAGGCGCCACUGUCCCCUACUUCUCAGAAGGCUCUGGGGGCCCAGUAGCCACCACCAGCGCCUUGAUUCUUCCCCCAGAGUACGGUUCAUGGGGCUACCCCUAUGAGGCUCCACCGUCCUAUGAGCAGAGCUGUGGUGCCAGCACAGACCCUGGCCUGAUCCCAGGGAGCUGACCCUGGUGAGCUAACCCUUGCCACCUUCUUCGGUGGGCCUGGCCUUUGCCCUGGCACGGGAUGCCCAGGGCCUCGUGCCUUUGCUCUCUACCUGGCCCAGCUACUCAGGACCCGCAGCCGAUGGGACAACCCCUAUGGACCAGCCUCUCCUGGCUCCUCUGGAAUUAAUCAGUCCUCUUCUCCAGAGAUUGGGGUAGGGCGGCAGGGAUCUGGGACCUGGAGAGACUAUAAAUAAAGCGCUUUAUUUGUA